GGUGUAGUUUAGGGUCUCAGCCUAUCUUAGUUGGCGACGGUGUCUCUCGCGAGGAGGAUUAGCCCCACGCCGCAUCGGAUCCGGUAAUACACUUGACGAGUCCGAUAAGUCGGCUGAGGUAUCUCUUCACGUCCUUACGAAAACACGAGACGAUGGCAAGCUCCUCAGAGGGAGACACCGUCAAGCCAACGAACAAUCCGAACAAAUCAACGAGUGGACUCAACCCUCUCGCACUGGCGAAGGGUGCGAGAAAACGACGACGAUUGGAAUCCCAGACGACGAACUCGGAGAUCCCGAAGAAGACGCAGCGACGCGACGAGCCGUGCGACUCCAGCGUCGAGACAUUCAGCGAGAUCAAAGCUGAACAGGACGGAAAGGAGUCGCAUUCGAGAAGACGGCAGGAUCAGGCAUCGCCGAUAGAUCCACCGGAUGCAAAAGCACCGCGAACCUGCGAGACAGGCAGGGGAGGGCGCGAUGCGGCUAGAUUGAGGAAAACGAUACAAUGGCUUGAGGAGGGAGCGCGGAGGCUGCGCGAGGAUCUGGCGAACGUGCGAACAGAGCUGCACGAGGAGCGAAGGGCGGCGAAGAUCGCCAAGAGGGAGUUCGAAGCUGCCCUCAAGGAGACCAGAUUCGCCGAGGCUGCCAAGUACCAGCCGAUCAUAGCCGAGCUGAAGACCAGAGCUCAUUCUGCGCCGCCGCUGCCGCCUCCAUCGCCAUCGCCGUCGCUGUCGCCGUCAUUCAAAUCGGAUCCCGUGAAAGACGAGAAUCACAGGCGUGAACUGUCGACUCUUAGAAAACGUUUAGCCGAGGCUGAAGGCACGAUACGGAGACUCGAAUGGCAAUCGGUGAAAUCACCAACGAACGCCAUUCGCAAUACCAAUGCCAGCGUUUCUUACGGCGAUGCUCGCCGCCUGGAAGCGGAAGUACGGAGUCUUCGCGCCGAAAACGAAAAACUCGAGGAAAAAUUGCGUAUCGCCGAUAAGACUCGUAUCAACGAGAUACGAGUCCAACGUGAGAAUCACGAAGCAGAGCUCUCCGCACUGCGGAAAUCGCUUCGUAGCGAAACUAUAAAGAUGAUGGACGAACUGCGAGGCAAGAGUCGAGAGAUCGAGAAGCUGUCGAAGCUCUUGAAACAACGAAAGCCGCCGCUGGUGGAACUCGAUACGAUGCGGAAGUUACAGGAGAACGAGAGGAGCCGACCGAUACGAACAGCGUCUCGCAUAGAGAAGAGGAUUCUCACAGGUGAUGGUCAUACGGUGGGGUCAUAUGUCCGCGCGGUAGAAUCCGACAGAGCCAUAAAUGAAAUCGAGGUCGAGCGCCUCCGUGAACUCGCGCUCGAGCAGCAGGAAGUCAUCGAAAUACUUAGACAGGCAGUUAAGGAGAGAGAAAGAAAGUUGGAGCAGCUGUCGAACAAGCGGAAGAAGGAGGAAUUUUAUAGGCAGUGGCUCGAAUUGGAGCCGGUAGCUGAAGUGGAUGACGAGGAGGAUCAUGAAGACGAUGACAGCGCUCUGUCGAGCGCCCCGUCCUCGAUGUCGCCGCAACCUGGAGGCUACGGUCAAUGGCAGGGUAACGGUGUCACGAGAGAGGCAUACGAGGCUGUUCUCGUCGAGAACGAGGAGUUACAAUCGAAACUUCUCGGAGAGCAGCGGGAGCUAUCGCGCGCCAAGAUCCAAAUUUGCGACCUGGAGAAGGCCCUCUUGCAAGAGAGAUGCCCCGAUCGUGACAAGGAGUUGAAUGAGCUGGGCGAGAAGCUUCGAGCUGCUGAGGAACGAGAGGCCGCACUCCUGGUGGAACUUUCGGAAAUACGCGAGCAAAACGAGCUCUUGGAGUUCCGAUUGCUCGAGUUGGAGGAAACACCCGUACGUAGGGAUAGUCCUGACGCAGUGGACAGUGGCAUCGUCUCGCCGGAACCGGCUCACGCGAAUAAGGAUCACUUAAUGAACAAACAGAGAAGCCGCGCAGUGGCGACCGUGAUACCUUACACGAAUAACGCAACAGUGAUGAAUACCCUGAAAUCAUCCGAGUCACCCGUGCUACCGCGCAAACCGCCACUUACCCUUCAGGAGAGCGGUAUCUUCGAGGAGGAGGAAGAAGAGCACGAGGAAGAGGCCGAGGUGGAGCUUAUAAGUCGUGGCACACAGACAGAAACACCGUCCGGCGAACUUCUGCAGGAAGUGCAACGUCUCCAGGAGCUAAGAGCCCGGAUUCAAGAACGGGCGGCCAAGAUCACAACGCCGGUCUUCCACUCGACCGAUUCGUCCAAGAUCUGUUUCGACGUGGACUCGAUAGUCCUGGCACCUUAUCAAGAGCGCGUUCGCGACCUUGAGGUAAGGCUCGAAGUACACGAGGAGGCUGAAAAGAGCCGCGAACAGGAGAAACGACUGUCGAAACAACGGGAAGAGGAGUUGUUGGACGAAAACUACAGGCUUACGGAGAAGAUAUACUGGUUGGAGAACGAGCUGCGAAUUGUUAGAGGAUCCAGCUUUGACGAGGAUGAAAGUAGAAGCGAGACUGUCUUGCAACGAGUCCAGAGCACGGAGCAAAAUAAGCACGAAGUUUUGGGAAACCUCGAGGGUUUGAAUGAUACGCAACAUCCACAUGAGAUUACGAGCUGCAAGAGUGCCACUCAAAUUGUACAGGCAUGUACGAACAACGUGCUCGCAGAGUGCCCUCAACGCCAAUUGGAUCAGCCUGACGUGGGAAGCUCCGACCAACGAAGUGGCUCAGGAAUGCAACGCAGUGUCACGCUUGUAUCCGCAGAGGAGCAGGAGAAGGAGGACGGGGUGAAUCAACUUCGUGAAUCUGAAGAACCGGUUGUUAUCGAUUUUAUCAAAAGUGACUCGGAAAAGAAGGUGAUCUACUUUCGCUGGAGAUAAAGGCGAGAAGGUUCUCUGUCGUCUCUCGUCGUUGCAGACUCCGUCCAUCCACCCACGAGUUCCACGAAAGAGUCAAUGAACCCGUGGGUGAACCCGCGGCACGAACGAGGACAAUACGGCUGGCGCUGCUUGGUAUGACCAAGUGACGAUCAGAAAUGGUACGUCCUGAGAAUAAAACGAGGGCGCCUAUGUGGAUCAGAUUAUCAUCCUGAAUUAGUGAGGACGGCGGUUCUCGCUUGGACGUAUUUUACCUCCCCAAUGUCGCGACCAAUCUUUUCGUACAAGCUGUGAAAUCAAGUGCCAAAUAAGCCGUAGAAUAAACGUCUCUCUCACGCGAGCGUAAAUUGAAGCAUGAGAUUAUUUUGUAUGAUUUACGAUAGAGAUACGCCCAGAGGAACCAGAUAAUGUCUGUUGUACAUACCGCCAAAGCGAUAUCGGAAGAUCCAGGAUAAGUCUGCGGGGUCGUUUGAGGUCCGCACGGAUCAACUGGAAUUUUAGAAAACUCUUGCUUUCCUGCCACGCCUUCGGAUGAUUCAGCGAUGAGCGCGAUGAGACAUCGCGUUGUUUUUUCUCCUAGCUUCAAAUUUUCAGAAGAUAUCCUCUCUUGCCCGUGAUGCACGAAGUCACACUGAAUCAGUUUCCGCAAAUCUAUUCUGGGUCCUAGUAGGCGGUGCAACAGAGCGAUCGUGCUAAACGGACGUGUCUUCGUGCGGUGUAAAGGUAUCUCUAAACUCUUAAACUGAAGGUACCUCUUGUCAUGUUGAAAUUUAAAUGCGCGUCUCGACGCAAGUUUAAACUUGAAAUGGCGAAGGGAAGAUCGCGUGCUUAAAUUUGGAACGACGCGUAUCGCGUGGAUCACAAAUUAGCGUGUGAUUCGUGAUACCGUUCACCGAUCAAAAGCACAUCCGUUUGGCGUUACUAGGAUAAAGAUUCUAUAUUAUUAUACCUAUAUAUCAGCGACAGUUCAUGCAUCUAUAUCCGAGACUAUUAUGUUGUAUCUCGAUCUGCACACUGCAUGAAAAAUUGUUCGAGUAUAAUUGUAGGAAAGUGAAUAGCAUCCAGGAAACGCGUACGAAUCCCGCCACGAAUCGAUCGUUCGCCUUGAGAACUUUUUUCAGCUACUUCCCUCACAUUCUCGCACGUCUCGCCUGUUCGUAUACUCGAAGGAUAUAAUAGAUAUUAUAUAAAACGUAUGAUAGAUAUUAUAUACCGACUCGAACCCGAAAAACGACCGCAGUUUGAACCGUAGAGUAGACUCAUGAACACUAGCGAGACCUCGCGAAACUUAAACUUAGGUUUGCAUGUGCCUUCAUAUCGAGAAUGCGCGCGUUUACGCGCGCGCUUCCGCAUUUAAUCUUUAGAAUUAUGUAUACGAGUUCACGCAAUAUGUAUUAAGUAAGGUCAUGUGUUUCUAGUCCUUUACUUUGUGUCGAAUCGUUGAACGUAGUAAUAAUUUCAGCACGUAUUCAACCUGAGUGAUGGUAGAUUUAGUCUUCGAUUUCUCAACGAGUGUGUGCACAUCCGAGCGCUUAUUGUAUUUAUAUCGCGUAAGAGCCUGCGGAGCGUGUGCGAACCCGCCUGAUCGCUAUAUGAUUCGGCUCGCAUCAUUCACGCAGCGUGAACUUGUUCGUCACGUGUAGCUACGAGAAAUGUCUCGAAUAAAGUUAUCCACCUGUUUUCUGUGA